AUGGCAGCUUGCAAGCCUGAAAGAUCAGUCAAACAACCACUCAAUCCAGAUUUUGUGUGUGACUUUCCUACUAUGGUUUUUCCUACUGAUUUUGAUCCAAAUGCGACUCCCUCGGCGGCCGCUCAGUCGGCUGCACAGGUCCCAGCGACAACGCCAGCUUUGACGGGCGCUGUGGCAAAGAAGAAAUCUACAAAAUCCGCCAACAUUCAAGACCAACUGGAGCUGGAGCGGUUAAAACAGCAAAAACCUCAACUGGAGUUAAAGCUUCUUUCACAGAAAGAAAAACUCGGCGCAGAAGCACUCCAAACAACACAAGUCAAAAUGUCAGCUGAUGCACGUGGUCAACUUAUGCACGACCAGUCGCAAGAAAAAAUCCUUGCGUCGCUUAUGAAUGAACUGACCCCACCGUCGCGAGAGGAGCAGAUUCAGCUAGCAAAUCCCACCUUUCCGGUUCUGCAGCAGCUCAAAGCAAGUGCUAAAGGGCACACUGUUUUCUCCGCAAAAGGUACGUUGGAUUAUGAUAAAAUUGACAUUUCAGAAUUUGUGUUUGCCUUUCUUGAGUUUGUUCAACAACAGCAGCAAUCACAACACCAACAUCUGCUUCAGUUUCUCCAGUUGCUUAUGGAAAAAGCUAUGAACUACUCCUGGCCGAGUGUUCGAAAUUUUAAUUUGUCUAUUAACCAAGCGUUGGCACAAGGUAGGCUUACCUGGGGUCAAAUGGAUGUCAUUCAAGCUCGAUCGAAUACUUUCUUUAGUCAUGCUGAUCUUCGUUCCAGUCAGAAUACAGGCUCCAAGUUUUCAGGUCCACGCCAGCAACGCGACCCCCCUCGGCGAGAGCAGAAAGAUAUGUAUUGUACUGACUGGAAUUAUACCGCCAAAUGCUCUUGUAACAUCACUGACCCGGAGUACAAGAACACGCAUCACUGCAGAGUAUGUGAUUCUGAUCAGCAUCCCAUGCUCCAUUGUGCUAAACGGAGAUAUCCUAUUCCAACUAACAAAUCUGCUCAGCAAAAGCCACAAUGACUAGUUGAAAACAUUGACAUUAUCGAAACGGUCUUGCGUUCAGGCGACUACAAUUUUGCUCUUGCACAAGUGCCCAUUAAAACCUCGUUCAAUAUUGACAACUGGAUCACAUACCUGCAUGAUUAUGAUGAUUUUAUUAUAGUCCAAUACUUGCGUUAUGGUUGGCCAAUUAAUUAUCAGUCAAAUGUGUUGCCACAGUCUACUUUGAAUAACCACUCCUCUGCCAUCAAAAACAAUUUGUGUCUGAUGGAUUAUCUCGUUGAGGAACUUGCUCAUGGAGCAAUUAUUGGUCCAUUUUCGUGCAAUCCAUUUUCCUGUCCAUGUGUUGUGUCGCCGUUACAAACAGUGCCAAAACGGGACAGUUCAAAGUUACGGGUGCUUCAUGACUUAAGCUUCCCUGAGAGUGCAUCAGUUAAUUCCGGAAUACCAAAGGAUAAUUAUUUAAAUCAUGAAUACAAGUUAACACUUCCAGGUGUUGAUAGACUUACUCACUUCAUUCGAUUACGUGGACGUCAUUGUCAUAUCUACAAGAAAGACCUUGCCCGGGCCUUCCAACAAAUGCCCCUGGAUCCCAAGGAUGUUCCUUUUCUUGGUUUUGUUGUGAACAAGCAACUAUAUUUUCACACACGCUUUCCUUUUGGACUUCGCUCGGCCACUAUGGUAUGCCAGCGAGUAACAAAAGCAGUGAUUCAUAUAUUAACUACAGAGGGUUAUCUUGCUGAUGUCUACAUUGAUGACUUUUAUGGCGUUGAGUUAGCAGAGUUAGCAGGUGUAGCAUUCAAAAGGAUGACUGAAUUGUUUGAUGAACUGGGCUUGGAAGCCUCCCCCGCCAAAGAUCAAUUGCCGAACACACAAAUGCUUGUGCUUGGAAUUUGGUUCAAUACGGAUGACAUGACUGUAUCGGUUCCUGAGUUUCGAUUAUUGGAAUUGCGAGCUGAACUUUCUCAUUGGCUUGAACUGGAGCAAGCCACUAAACAUCAAUUGCAAGUCCUCAUUGGUAAAUUGAGUUACGUGUGCAGUUGUGUGCGCCCUGGGCAGGCUUUUAUGUCGUGUUUGUUGAAUGAACUGCGCAGUUGUGAUUCGCGUAGAAGAACUAUUCCUGUGUCAUAUGAGCUCAAACUGGACUUACAGUGGUGGCUACAUUUUCUAGACAAAUACAAUGGUGUCUCAGUGAUAGGUACAGAGUUUCUAGAAUCCAGCGAACAGUUAUUUUCCACCAAUGCUAGCCUGACAGGAUGUGGAGCCAUCUGUGAAGGAGAAUAUUUCCAUGAACUCUUCCCGCCAAUUAUUACUCAGCAGCAGUUAUCCAUUACGCAGUUGGAACUUCUCACAGUGGUUGUGGCAGUCAAGCUAUGGCAAUUAAAGUUAAAAGGCAGAUGCAUAAUGAUUCACUGUGACAACCAGGCAUGCGUUGAAAUGAUAAACUCUAUGCGUAGCAGGCACAUUUUCUUACAAGCUUGUUUACGGGAAUUAUGGCUGACAUUAGCAGUUAACAACAUCAUGCUCAAGGCUGUGCACAUUCCUGGACAUGAAAACACAUUAGCAGAUUGCCUUAGUAGGUGGCAUACAGCUGCCAUCUACCAAUCAUGAUUCCAUGCCUUAACAGUUUCCCUUGAGUUGCAGCCAGUUACAGUUAACCCUCUGCUGUUUUCCUUUACCUGCACUUAACCUGCUGGCGUUUAAUAUUGGUAUUUAUUACAUACUUUGCAGAAUUCCUGGUCCAUUACCUUGGUCUGCUCAAGAAAUCAGCACUUAGUGAAGGAACAAUGCGUACCCGCAGAACACAACUUAGAGCCUAUUUCUUAUUUUGUAAAACUUAUGACCUACCAGCCUUUCCAGUAACUGAGCAGGUCUAUUGGCUCUAUUUAGCCUUUCUUGUAGGUUAUUUUUCUUCAUAUAAUUCUGUUAACAAUUAUCUCAGUUGCCUUAAGCAAGUUAAUCUAUACUUAGGAGCUGAUGUCACCUUUUUUGCAUCAUCACAGAUUAAUUUUCUCAAACAGGCUGCCAAACGUGUGCUAGCCAAACCAGUAGGGCGUAAAUUACCUAUUACUGUCGACAUUUUGUUAGCCAUUUUCAAGUUGUUGGAUUUUCGUCACCCCUUGCAUGUUUGCAUGUGGACAAUUUUUCAUGUUGCAUUUUUCUCAUUGUUGCGUAAAUCUAAUUUAGUUCCUACCACAAUAGCCGAUGUUACCAGUGCUUCAGCUACUCACUUAAUAAUUAGUGAUGUUAGCUUUCAUCAAGACCACUGUACACUCCAUGUACACAAAACCAAAACUAUUCAGUUUAGGCAGAGGGCCCUUGAAAUUGUUCUGCCAUUCAUCCCUCACUCAGUGUUAUGUCCUGUUUCCGCAUUGAAACGUCAUCUUCGCUAUGUCCCCGCGGACACCGAGGCACCUUUAUUUACUAUUCAUACCUCAACAGGAUUCAAGCCUGUUACAGGGUAUCAUUUUGCUAAAUUCCUUAAGUCUUGCAUAGUUAGUCUUGGGUUGGAUCCCACACAAUAUUCUCCCCACAGCUUCCGAAGGGGAGGUGCUACUUUUGCCUUUCAUGCUGGUGCUUCACCCUUGUUCAUUAAAUUCUUAGGGGAUUGGUCAUCAGAUGCUUAUAUGGUUUAUUUAGUUCUCAACACCACUCAAAAACUCAAUGUUGCUAAAACCUUAGCUCAGCACAUCCCUACAACUCAUGAUUCGGUCACUACCACUUAG